GUCCUCGAGCUCAUGUCGGGGCUGGAGGCCACGAUCGUCAAAGAGACCGAGGAGGCCGCCAAGCUCAAGGCUGAGAAGGACACAUGGUGCAAAGACACAGCGGUGAAUCUUGGCUUCGAGAUCAAGACCGGGACGGACGAGGUUGCCGAGCUGGAGGCGAAGAUUGCCAAGGAGUUGGCCGCUAUCGGCUCACUGACGGAGAAGAUCGGCGAGCUCGUGGGCCAGAUCGCGAAGGACGACAAGGACCUUCAGGCGGCCACGAAGAUCCGCGCCGAGGAAGUUAGCGACUUUGAGGCCGAGGAGAAGGAACUUGCUGCGACGAUCGACACGCUGCAGCGCGCGAUCGGCGUCCUGGAGAGGGAGCUGUCCAAGGCGGGGAGUGCGGCUCUCGUGCAGGUCCAGAGCGCCAACACCGUGGUGCAGGCGCUCGAGGUGAUGGUCAAGGCGGCCAUGUUCAGUCAGGCGGACGCCUCGAGGCUCACCGCCUUCGUGCAGAGCACGCACCAGUCCAGCGACGGCGACGCUGGUGCCCCCGACGCGGCCGUGUACGAGAGCAAGUCGGGCGGCAUCGUUGAUGUCCUGGAGGACCUGCUGGACAAGGCGCAGACCCAGCUGGCGGACGCCCGCUCCAAAGAGGCCAAGGCCCAGCACGCCUUCGAGAUGCGCGCCGCUCAGCUCGCCAGGACAGCAUCGCCUACGGCACGAAGGACAUGGAGGCAGCGAAGAGCUCGAAGGCCAAGGCGGGCGAAGAGAAGUCUGCGGCGGAGGGCUCGCUGGCCGACGUGUCGAGGGACCUCGCGGAGGACAAGGUGA